UAUUCUUCUGUAAAUAACUUACAUUACUUCUUAUUGGACAGGUGAAGUGUGAAAUCAGCGUAGCGAGCGUGAUAUUAAUUGCAUGGAUUUUAUAAUAAGAAUGUUCAAAUACACCACUAUAAACUGGUGGCGAUUUCGCUCGUUUCCAGUAGUUUAAUAGUAUACAUAUGUACGAAAGGUCUGAUAGAAAUAUUUUUUCAAGCAUAAUGUUAUUGGUACUGGGGUCUUUUAUUCUUAUUGACUAGUAUUUAUCAGCAGAAAACAAACUUUGGCAGUUGGUCUUCGAACCUGUCGUGUUAUUAGUUUGAGUACGGGUUUUUAUAAUUUCAUUUAAAGUUACAACAGGUAAUAUUUGUAGAAAUCGUCACAAGUUACAAUGUGGUUGAAAGUAUUUUGCCGAAACAUCAAUCGAAGGAAAUCUCUGGAUGAAAAUCUUCUGACAACUGAAUUAAGAAGAUGUCUUGGAAUAUUGGACUUAACAUUACUUGGCAUCAGCGGAAUGUUGGGUGCUGGUAUAUACGUUCUGACAGGAGCAGUGGCAAAAAAUACAAGUGGGCCAGCAGUUCCUAUAAGUUAUUUACUGGCAGCAUUUGCAGCAUUUUUAUCGGCUUUAUGUUACGCUGAAUUUGGAGCGAGAAUACCAACCACAGGAUCUUCAUAUAUAUUUACGUAUGUCACGAUGGGGGAACUGUGGGGUUUUCUGAUGGGCUGGAAUAUGAUACUCGAACAUGGAGUCGGCUCGGCAUCUGUUGCCAAAGCUUGGAGCGGAUAUCUUGAUUCUGUGAUGGGUUAUCCUAUGAAGACAUAUUUUCAACAUCAUGUUACGAUGGGUGAUGGCGUCAUUCUGGCUUCGUAUCCAGAUUUUCUGGCAUUGGGAAUAAUUGUCUUGUUAUGUGUGUUGGUGGCAUGUGGAGUCAAUUCAUCGAACAAAUUUAACAUCGCGUUCGCAUUGAUCAAUGUAGCAGUCGUGGGAUUUAUUAUAAUAACAGGCUUCUUCCUUGCAGACAUUCAUAACUGGACCUCUGUAAACGGUGGUUUUGCACCGUUUGGAUUUGCUGGAAUUGUAGCUGGAGCUUCAAGAUGUUUUUAUGCUUAUGCGGGAUUUGACGUUGUUGCGUCAUCUUGCGAAGAAGCGAGAAAUCCUCGACGUGAUAUUCCGAUCGCUCUCGGCGUCAGUCUAAUCAUAGUAACGAUCGCCUAUUUUGGGAUUUCGUCAAUGUUAACGUUAAUGGUUCCAUGGGAUGAAAUUGUACCAAAAUCAGCGUUUCCAGAUGCAUACGGAAGACACGAAGGAUGGAAGUGGGCUCAAAUUAUCGUCACUAUUGGAGCGUUGUGCACAAUGACAACAGCAAUGUUUUCAGGAUUAUUUGUAUUACCAAGAAUUCUUUACGCUAUUUCGAAAGAUGGAUUGCUGUGUCCACUAUUAUCAUCUAUUCAUGAGAGGAAUCAGGUUCCCGUGUAUUCCGUGAUGUUUUCUGGUGCGUUAAGUGGGCUUAUGGCGUUGUUAUUUGACCUGGAAACUCUCGUUCAGUUUAUGUCAAUCGGUACCUUGACUGCAUAUUCGUUUGUUGCUGCAUGUGUCAUCAUACUUCGAUAUUCUUCUCAUGGACAAAUGAGUGAAGGAUAUACUACUUUAGACGAUAGCCCCUCCACUGAUACCGAACAAGGCAAAAUCCAAUCCAUAACAGCACCAAGCGAGUCGGAAAAACCUUCGAUCAAAGAGGAAAAUAACGUUUCAGCAGUUUCACAUAAUGACUCUAAAAACAAUGGACUGGAUUCAUCCGGUGCACAACCAGCAACAAAACCAAAGCAAAGUGAAACUUCUAGAUUGGUUUAUCAAAAAACAAUUCACAAUGGAGACGACUCUACAAAACAAGAAUUACCAGCGAGAAGCAAAUCCGAUAACAAUUCAACAACCAGUUCCGAGAACACCCAGCCUAGCGGAAAAAAUAAAGCCGGGAUGUUAAAAUCCAAAUUUUGUGGAACUUUCUUAGACCUACAUUUUGGACGAUAUAAGCCUGGAAAAGUGGUGGUAUUUGCGCUAUUAGUGUCUGUUUGUUCUAGUUUAUCGGGGAUGCUCUUGUUGUCGUAUACUUGGGAAAAAUUUAUCAUCGGCUCGUGGUGGGUGGUUUUGCUUUUUGUCAUCUUCACGUUGAUAACUAUUGCUUCUCUUCUAUUAAUCGCUGCUCAUCAACAACACGAAGACGACGCAUCACAGGAAAAGAAUUUUCGAGUGCCACUAGUUCCAUUUCUUCCGUAUCUCUGUAUUUGUACAAAUUUAUUCUUCAUGAUUAAACUUCAGUAUUUGACUUGGAUUCGACUUAUUAUAUGGGUGUCGGUUGGUCUGGUCAUCUACUUUGUGUAUGGAUAUCAUUUCAGCCAACGAAACCCAAACCGUUUUCAGCCCCACUGGUUCGAAAAUGUUUGCUCGAAACUGCAACAUUGUUGGAUAAAAUGCCGAAGCACAGAAUCUAACGAUCUUAAACAACUAUCGAAGAAUGACGAAUUAGAUGAAAACACCAACAGCGAAUCAUGAUUCUUGUUUAAUAUAGCUUUAACAUUUGUGCUGUAAUGAUAUUGUCUUAAGUUAUUAACGCUUGUGAAUGAAGAAAGUAAUACUAUGUUAUGUGUUUGAUUCUCUUGUGUUUAAUUUCUAACAAUAUUCCAAUUGAUACCUAAUAAAUAUUUAGCGUUUCAGUAGAAUGGGAUCGUGCAGUAAAAAUAGGUGGCAUUAAUUUUGACCAGCAAUAAUUUUAAAGUGAUUUCUCUUUUUUAAAUACUCUCAUUCGUAAGAUACCCAAAAUCGUAAUUAUUAUUAUGAUUAUAGUCAAAACGUCCGAUCCAUUGACUUUCUUGUAUGCUGUGCAUUCAUCAACACUUUUUGUUAAAGUAUUGUCAUGUUGUUGUCUAUAUAUAUACCUUUUGUAUUAAUUCGUCUGCCUAUGAACUCGGAAAUGUCACUUUUAACACUGUUUGAAACAAAACUAAAUUCAGUCUGUCGGCUUUUACAGUUUUUCUAUUUCUUCAGCCUAUUUCGUCAACUUAUUAUUUUGUUGAAGUAUUGUCAUAUUGUUUCCUAUAUACCUUUUAUAUUAUCAAUUCGUCUGCUCAUGAACUCGGAAAUAUCAAAUUCAACACUGUUAUUUGAAAUAAAACUGAAUUCAUUCUGUCGGA